UUCCGGUCGGAUUCAGAAGCUCCGGGCUUAAGUUUACGAUGUCGGACAAAUACGUGCAUUUACCUGCUUCGUUCUAUAGUGGUAUUCGUAUUAGGAAGGAACAAUGUGAAGCGAACGUUCUGAACAAUUUACCUCCUAAUGACGGUUAUCAGUACUGCAAUGCCACCAUGGACCGUCUGGGUGGCUGCUGGAACUACACUCGAGCAGGAAGUGUCGCCACUAUACAGUGUCCGUUUACAACACAGACCGCCGCAUCGGUAUCUAGGACAUGUACAGAAAACGCCACCUGGUGGAUGCCUCCGAACUACAGCUCUUCGAGUUACAUCGAUUUCUCAAGCUGCAACGCAAAAACUGAAACAACGGAAAUAACCGAGCACCGUCAUAUUUUCCUGUUUAUAGCCGGAUACUCACUGUCCAUAUUACUACUGACGGUAUCCUUAGUGGUGUUCUUCUGUUACAAACAACUGAGAUGUGGCCGUGUUUCUAUUCAUAAGAAUCUGUUCCUGUCGUACGUGUUCACCGGAAUAACAUGGAUAUUGUAUUACUCAUUAGUGGCCAUGGAUGGACAAGUGAUGUUCGAUAAUCCGUUGUGGUGCCGGACCCUUCGACCUUUGGCGGAGUAUUUCACAGGCUGUAACUUUGCUUGGAUGUUCUGCGAGGGUCUUUAUCUCCAUACAACAUUGUUCAAGGCAAUGAGCACCGGGAAAACCCUACUUCUUGUGUGCUACGCCACCGGCUGGGGACUCCCGGUGAUAUUAACGGCUAUUUACGCCGGGGUUCGUGGGAACGAAGAGGACUGCACAUCAAGGUGCUGGAUUGACAGUUGUUACCAGUGGAUUCUGUACGGACCGAUCGUCGUGUCACUUGUGGGCAAUAUCAUAUUCCUCAUCAACAUUAUCAGAUUACUGAUGACCAAACUUCAACAAAUACCAGAAUCCACUCAAAAGAAAAAAGCAGCCAAAGCGAUACUGCUACUGGUUCCGUUACUAGGACUGCAGCACCUGCUCACCCCGAUGAAGCCCUAUAAGGGAUCCCCGUUAGAGGACUUCUACAGUUACUUUAUAGCCGUUAUUGUAUCACUCCAGGGGACGUUCGUAGCCAUUAUCUAUUGUUUCUGUAAUGGCGAGGUGAUAUCUUUGUUACGGCGGAAGUGGAGUCAACAUCGUCUAAUGCGGGGCGUGGAUGUCCGAAUCAGUGGCAUGAACGCCACGUCUUAUACGUUCACAGAACCGAUGCAUGGACAAUCCAACGGCAAAAAAAUUACCAACCCUUGUACGCAGAAUGGGCUGACUGUCUCGUCAUUGGAAAUGGUUCCUCUGAAGGAUAAGGCAGACUGUUGACACGACACCUGACGAUGUAAUCGCACAAAUGAUAAGAUAUGUCAAAAGAAGAACUGACGCUGUCAUA